CGCUUCCUGUCUCCUCACCAGCCUCCUCUUAUACACACAUCGGCGUCGUGCAAUUCGUGCCUAUGUGGCAGUUUAGUGUACGAUGCAGGUAAUGGUGCCGGGGCACUUGAAUCAAGGCCAGAUUGAGAUCUAGCAGUUUGGACCUCAGUGUGUUGCAAAGCUGUAUCUCAGGUUGUGCUGCACUGAAGGUGCUACCAUUGACCGAACCAGGUCACCAGUCGAAUAGCCGAGGCGCGAGUGUUACACCUGUUCGGCUGUUCCCGAUUUACGCUCCAGUUCCGUCCCAAAGAAAAGCCUUUCGAACCGCUUAAUGCAGGCUGAAAUGAGCAUUGCACACCUUAUGUUGGAAGGGUUCAGGAGUCAGACAGCUCCUACUUCCAUGUCACUGGAUGAUAGACCCUUACCUAGGUAAGCUGUUUGGCCUUGGAGUUGAGUCGUUGACAGCACGUGCUGUGUUACUCCAUGCGCCUCCUGAGCCGCCAACAAGAUUGAAGAUAGGUACGCCCAGGAGAACAUCGACAUUUCGUGUAGUCGACUUCUCGAGCUACAGAACAUUCAAGAAAACAUGGUGUACUGCAUACGUCAAGGUCCCGACAGAUGUGGGCAAGAUGUGCAUCUGUACGCAGUCGAGCCUGUGCCACCACCCGCCGGGGGUUGCAUGUGCUCACCCUACAGACCGCGGGCUGGUUUCCCGGCGGCUCUGGUCCAAUCCUGCAAGGCUCACAAACUUCAAGGUGACGCAUCAACUGUCGAUCUUGAGCGUCUUUGCUGCCAUUCGUGUCCAAGCUAUCGUCGACCCGAUUUCAACAAUCAAUUUAAGCCCAGUGACCGAUUCUUGAUUACCCGCACUGGACCCUUCAACUAGUAUCGGUUGUUGUCGGGCUAUUCCGUACAUUUGAUGGACGCUAGGAAGUGCGGGUACCCCACUGUACGAAGUGACUUGUGUGAAUAUCAAUUCCCCUUGUCGCCGGGGAGAAGGAAAUUUCUGCUGGCCUGGAGACGCUUUUUGUGGGGCCAUCGGUAGCUGGCCGGUUCGGUGUCUUGUCGCUCGGCGGGAACAUGGAGAUCCGAGGGCGAUAGGCGGUAGCUCCGGCUCGCAUUUUCUCGUAGAAACGGCGGUGAUCCUCUGCGAAGUGUGGACCACUUGAAUGGAAACAUUUAUUCAAAAGACUCGGA